ACAUGCGCCGUAACGGUCCAGCAAUGGCUGCGCCCGAGGAGUCGUUGAGGAAGCGGAAAACUGGCGGCUUAGUCCCGGGGCCUGGGUCACCCCCAGCUCCGGGCCGCGAUUCCCUGGGCUUUCCGCCCCGCCUCCGCACGGGCACCUUCUGGCUGACCAGGAUCGUGCUCCUGAAGGCCCUAGCAUUCGUUUACUUUGUGGCAUUCUUGGUGGCUUUCCACCAGAACAAGCAGCUGAUUGGGGACCAGGGACUGCUGCCCUGCAGGCUGUACCUGAAGAACAUCCAGCAGUACUUCCAGGGCAGGCUGGGCUGGGAGGCCCUGAACUAUGCCCCAACUGUCAUCUGGCUGCUGGACUGGUCACACAUGGACUUCAACCUGGACCUCCUAGCUGUCCUGGGCCUGGGCAUCUCGGCGUUCAUCCUGGUAACUGGCUGUGCCAACAUGGUCCUCAUGGCUGCCCUUUGGGUCCUCUACAUGUCCCUGGUCAACGUGGGGCAGGUCUGGUAA